CUUUGGUGGCUUCAAGAGUGAAAUUCCGUGCAGAAAAAAAAUGCUUCAGAGUCGAAGGAGAAAUUCAGUUUUCCUCACGGAUCUUCAGGAUUUCCCAUCAUUUACAAGUGAAGACUUUUCCGUGACAAUCGAUGUGAGGUAUUUGAGUGAGAAGAGCAAGAAAAAAGCCGAAGAGGAGCUCAAUGAAACGGAGGAGGUUAAAGAGGAAGCACUACGGAAGUUUAGUGAAUUAAUUCAGUGUGAAGACAAUCUCGUACUUCCGCAUGAUAAUCGUCCGUUUAUGCUUAAAUUUUUGCGUGCGAGACAAUUCAAUGUUGAUGCAAGUUUCAAUCUUAUGCGGAAUUAUUUUAAAUUUAAACAAGAAUUCCCAGAAGUCUUUCAGGGUGUUGUGCCGUCGGAAUGUGCGUACAUUUAUGCCAUGAAUGCUGCUAUUAUUUCCCCCAAGAAGGAUCAAUUUGGACAAACUGUCCUAAUGGGAAUUGCUGAAAAAUAUGAUCCAAACAUUGCUACGCCAAUGGAAUUUAUUGCGGCUUUUUGGGUGGUAGGUGAAGGCUUGCUAAUGGAACCAGAGAGUCAGGUGAAUGGUUUUGUUGGUGUUCUUGACUGCAAAGGGUUUUCCUAUCAACAUUUCAAGAAGAUCACUCUAACUCUUAUUAAGCUCAUGAUUCGCUUAGCGAGGGAUGUAGUCCCAGGCAUUCCAAGGAGAGUUCACAUUCUCAAUCAAAACUACUACGUCAAUAUUCUCUACAAAAUCGUCAAGCCUUUCCUCCCACAGGAAUACAUCGACAUGAUUCAUUUUCAUGGAGAGAAUCUUGAAGAAUUGCACGAAUUUAUACCCAAGGAGUGUCUUCUUGAGCGCUUUGGUGGAACAAUUAAAGAACCAGCAAUUACCCAAGAGGAAUACAGGAAUUUUCUUGAAAAAUUCGACGCAGAAUAUCGAGCACUCAAUGAAUUAGGAUAUAAGAAUACAUAAGGAAAGAAAACUAAUAAAUUAAGCUUUUUUUGUGUCAUCCCUUAAUUGUUCUUCAAACAGGUAAAUUUUUCUUUAAAAAAAUACUUUUUACGGAAUUAACGGCACUCAGCUUGAAUUCAAAAAGACGCCAUUUGGGAGAAUUUGUCGCCAUUUUAUUGCAAUCGUAGAAAUUUAAAUGAUUAUCAUUCAAUUCUUUCGUAUAAGAACAUUCUUGCUAAUUUUCAAGGCUCAAGCAUGUAGUGAGGAUUUUUCUGUUAAAAUUAAGAAAAUUAAUCUUCAGGCUCUUCAGGAAUAAAUUUUUAAACACUCUCAAAUUGACCCAAAUACCCAUAUGUAUUGUAUUUAACAAAAUGUAAUUCAUUUCUGCGCCUCAAUCAUGUACUUAAGUGUUGAAGGGGUGAAUAAUAAAUUAGACGAAUGCAAAA